UGAAAAGUGAUUAUAUAUUUAUAUACUUUUAUUUAUAUAUUUAUAUACAAACAUAUAAUGCGCUCGAAUUUUCAUCUAGAUGCUAAUUCAAGUUGCAAUUGUCAUUUUCAAUUUUUCUAAAUAGUGUUAUAAUAAACUUUAUGGUACUUCAUACAGAACUAUACACUUAUAUGUUAAUAACCAUUACAAUCAAUAUCAAAUUAGAAGAAAUACGAGCAAGUUAUCUGUGCAGUUUAAAGAAAAAUGCCAUGUAUAAAUAUAAGAGAUGAGAUGAAAGAAAAACAAUUUAAUUUGUAACAUUAGAUGUGAGGAAGAUAUAAAAAAUAUAAAAAAAUACAAGUCACUAGCUAUUCCAGGUGCGAUUCUAAUUAUAAAAUAUUAUAGCCAUUAUCGUUUAAAAGCAUUGAUCAAAUAAAUACUAUUUAUAUAUUCAAGAUAUUACAUGUAACAUGUGUCUGCAAUUUUGAUCACGGACGGAUCUUUAAAUAACAAUGAAGGUCAUCCCACGGAAAAUCAGCGCAAACGAUUAUAAUAGAUUUCGUUGGAAUAUCUUACCUAAUUAUGAUGAUUAUUUCAUUGAAGGAAAUGACAAUACUGAAAGUAAGCGUAACAACAUGCAAAAUAGAAUGUUUUAAACAUUUAACCCUCAAUUUACCAUGGAAAAAUGUAUAAAAAAAAAUUACCAGUCGAGUCCAUUGGAUUCAUAUGAGAAAAAAAGUUAUAAUGCAGAAAAAUAUUAUAAAAGAACCUCAUUUUAGGAAAAGUAAAAAAAGUCACAAGUUAUUUCAUUCACAUUUAAGUAAAAAAUAAUGACAAUACGAAUACAACUAAGUUCAUUGGACCCGUUUGAUAGACGGAGAGUUAAAUUUCAAAAAAAGGAACUGUUUUGAAUGGUUUAAAAAAAGUGAGAGCAUUAAUGCUCUUAGCGCUCGUUACAAGUUUACAUUAUUUUUGUAUAUUGCAUUUAUGCGUAAUGUUAUGCAACACAUUGCAUAAAUGUUAUGGAAUAUUACAAGUUGGGUGGUUAAGGAAUGAUCGGUGGGGAUGAAGGAAUGAUCGGUGCGUUACGACGAGAUGGACUCAAUAACGAUGAGGUCGCGCAUAGAAUGUGAAAUAUAACGUAUCGCGUUAUUGAACGAUAACUGCUAGUUAUUAGAGUCGAUUGACGAGUAACUCGACAUAAGGAGCGCGUAAAACGUGUGCGUACACGUACAAAGCCGUGUCUCCGACUUGGUCGUCACUCUCGCGAUUGGUGUUGCAGGGGCGAUCUUAUGUAUGUAAAUUACUGGUACAAAUGUCGCUCGGCAAAUUUACUCUCAUUCAUAAGCAUUCGUCCAUUCGAUACGUUUCAGUGACACUCGUACUUUGAUCGGACGCGCGUAAUAAUCUUCGCUCGACUCUCGAUUUUCGUGCACAUAAUAUCUCGUUCGCGUUAUCCGCGUUGUCCUCUGGCUGUAGAUCUAGUCUAUCAAGUACGCCGUUCAAAAAAACAUAAUACGCGCUAUCGAAAACACGUGCAAGAACAGAUAAACAAUUGUAUUGUUUCCGAAAAAAAAAUGCAAAGUGGUAGCAGUUUAAAUCAAUUCAACGACGAUGACUUCUUCAGUGAUGGACCAUGCCCGUCGUGCAGAUUAGCCAUUAAUAAGGAAACUGGUAGACUCAAAUGGUGUACUGGUGCAAAUAAAACAUGGCGCUUUCGUAUUAAAUUAAUGCUCCUGAUACCUGCCCUGCUGUUGCCAAUUACUAUAAUAUUUAUCGUUUUAUCGCAAUUUCAAACCACAACUAAAAUUUCCGAUUCACACGCGUUUGAGGAUAACAUCUUUGAGGUUACUAGUCGCAACGAUGUAGAGCAUGCAGCAGAAAAAACUGAAGAGGAUCGACUCUUAUUACUCGAUUUGAAAACGAGUUACGUGCCUACGGACAUGUAUUCUCCACUUCGAUCACUUCAACGACGCAAGAGAAACAUUGACAAGGUACUUAAUCUUCAAGAAACAAUCCCAAAUUUAAUUAUCUAACUAAAGCGCAUCUUCUCUUUUCUUUUUUUAUUUCUUUUUCUACUGUCCCAGUAAAUACUAACCAAUAUUAGUAACAUAAUAUCAAUGUUAUAAUUUCCCACUCAACAAUAUAAUAGUUACGUACAAGAUAUGUUAUAUUGCAAUAACGUUGUUGAGUGGGAAAUUAUAACAUUGAUGUUAUGUUAUUGUUGGUUUGUUAGGGUAUUUACAUCCGUCAUUCUUUCUUUUUUUUUUGUUCCUCUAUUUCCAAUACUUCUCCUGUAGUCUGUCAGUCUGUAAUUAUCCUAUCUUAAAAAAGAUACAUAAAGUCGAUAACUCGCGGAUUGUUUAUUUCGAUGCGCGUUGUAUGUAAUACAUACGUUACUUCGUGCUAUCGAGCGGUUGUCAUUGCGGAAAUUGCAUACUUUGACAGUUCAUAUUUUUAGAACAGGUAUUUUUAGUGCAGGUAUUUUUUUAUUACUUUUGCGUUUUACAGAAAAUAUUUAAAGUAUCUUUUUAGAUGGAGUUAUAGUAUACAGGGUGCGUCAGCUAAAUCCGGACAAAACAAAUUGUUUAUUAAAACACUCUUUAGACUCAGAAAAAACUUGAAAUUAUGAAAUAUUUUUUUGUACGUUGCUUAAGGGAUCCUCUCUGAGUACAAUUAUUCUAUAUAACCCCCGUUUGCUGCGAUCACUGCUUCAAUCCUUUGCCUGAAGCGCGAGCAUGCUCUUUUCAACUGCUCCUUGUCUAAAUCAACUGUUAUAUAUUACUUUUUGUACUAUAGCCAGAGGUUCUUGAAACACAAUAUCAAUUCUCUGUAGUUAAUAUAAAGUUUAUUGUGAAAAGACAAUACGCGGUAGGAUUCUUUUCGAUUACAGUCUUAACUGAACAGAAGAAGCGCAUUUUCAUUAGUCACGCAACAGUAGCGCACGCACUCUACAGACACUGGCGCCAAACAUAAAACAAUUAUUCUCUACACCUUCCCUUAAUUGUUAAAUUAUUGUAUAUGAAUCUUACAACUAAUUUGUAACAUAUAUAAAUCUUACAUCUAAAUCUAACUUAGUUUACUAAUUUACUUUUGUGAGUCUCAAACUUAAUUUGUCCUAGCGCUUUAGUAAAUAUAUCUGCAAGCUGCAUAUUAGUGGAACAAUAUUUUAUCUCUAUUAGUCCAUCAGCGACUUUUUCGUUUAUAAAUCUAUAUCUGACAUCAAUAUGUUUACUUCUUUUGUUUCCUAUACUAUUUUUAAUUAAACAAAUGGUACUUUGAUUGUCAAUAUUCAAAGUUGCUUUAAUUGGUUUACCUGUCAAUUCCUCAAUUAGAAAUUUAAGAUACAAAAUUUCCUUGCAACAUUCUGUUGCCGCAAUGUACUCCGCUUCGGUACUUGAUAACGCUAUUAUAGACUGCUUCUUAGAGCACCAACUUAUAGGACCGCCUGAGUACAUAAUUACAAAACCGGUCGUACUUUUCCGAGUCUCUAUGUCUCCUGCAUAAUCAGAGUCUGAAUAACCUAUUAAUUCUUCCUCAUCUUUAUUGUUAUUCACAUUGUAUCUAAUACCUAAAUUCUUAGUUGCAUUUAUAUAUCUGAAUAUUCUCUUUACAUUUGCUACAUCUUGUGUGGAUGGUUUUUCUAAGUGUCUGCUCGCAUAUCCUACAGCGUAAGCUAAGUCGGGUCUUGUUUUACUGGCUAAAUAUAAGAUGCUUCCAACGCUUUCUCGAUAUGGAAAAACCUUGUUCAUUUCCUUUUCUCCGUCAUCAU